GAAUCCAGCCUUGUCGCCCCAUCUCACCCCUUGGUUUUGGAAGUCCCAGGAAGAGUUUGGUUUGGAGGAGGAGGAAGAUAUUGAUGUGCUUGGUGUGUGGCCAGUGGUGAAGAGAUGGCCGCCCCUGUGCCAUGGGCCUGCUGUGCUGUGCUGGCUGCCGCUGCCGCAGUUGUCUACACCCAGAGACACAGUCCACAGGAGGCACCCCAUGUGCAGUACGAGCGCCUGGGCUCAGACGUGACACUGCCAUGCGGGACAGCAAACUGGGAUGCAGCUGUGACGUGGCGGGUAAACGGAACAGACCUGGCCCCUGACCUGCUCAAUGGCUCUCAGCUCGUGCUCCGUGGCCUGGAACUGGGCCACAGUGGACUCUAUGCCUGCUUCCACCAUGACUCCUGGCACCUGCGCCACCAAGUCCUGCUGCAUGUGGGCUUGCCGCCACGGGAGCCCGUGCUCAGCUGCCGCUCCAACACUUACCCCAAGGGCUUCUACUGCAGCUGGCAUCUUCCCACCCCCACCUACAUUCCCAACACCUUCAACGUGACCGUGCUGCAUGGCUCCAAAAUUAUGGUCUGUGAGAAGGACCCUGCCCUCAAGAACCGCUGCCACAUCCGCUACAUGCACCUGUUCUCCACCAUCAAGUACAAGGUCUCCAUCACUGUCAGCAAUGCCCUGGGCCACAACGCCACGGCUAUCACCUUCGAUGAGUUCACUAUUGUGAAGCCUGACCCUCCAGAAAAUGUGAUAGCCCGGCCAGUGCCCAGCAACCCUCACCGGCUGGUGGUGACGUGGCAGACCCCCUCGACCUGGCCUGACCCUGAGUCCUUUCCUCUCAAGUUCUUUCUGCGCUACCGACCCCUCAUCCUGGACCAGUGGCAGCAUGUGGAAUUGUCAGAUGGCACAGCACACACCAUCACGGAUGCCUACGCCGGGAAGGAGUACAUCAUCCAGGUGGCAGCCAAGGACAAUGAGAUUGGGACAUGGAGCGACUGGAGUGUGGCCGCCCACGCCACACCCUGGACGGAGGAACCACGACACCUCACCACGGAGGCCCAGGCCACGGAGACCACGACCAGCACCACCAGCUCACUGGCACCCCCGCCCACCACGAAGAUCUGUGACCCCGGGGAGCUGGGCAGCGGUGGAGGACCCUCGGCGCCUUUCUUGAUCGGUGUCCCUGUCACUCUGGCCCUGGCUGCCGCUGCCACCACUGCCAGCAGCCUCCUGAUCUGAGCCCGGCAUCCCGUGAGGACAUGCCAGAGCACCUGCAGUGGAGCAGGAGGCCGGAGCUGAGCCUGCAGACCCCGGUUUCUAUUUUGCACACGGGCAGGAGGACCUUUUGCAUUCUCUUCAGACACAAUUU